AUGGGGGGGUAUGCGCCUCAGAGUGACGCCAAGCUGUCAGACGCAGAGGGUUCUUUGGGUACGGGUGCACGGCAAAGCAACAAGAAGCGUGGGCAGAGCUUGAAUCAUCUUCUGGCCUUUACGUUGCCGCCACGCGCGCCACCUGUAGCGCCACGUCGCUCAAGACGUACAGAGGGGUUCAAACCGUUCAACCGUGAGCGCUAUGUCAAUGCGCAGUACCGAUUUGUGCUGAAGCCCACCUUCGACGGACGACGCUCGCUAAGCGAUACAGACAUGCCGAUCCCCUGGCAGGAAAUUGUGCAGGUACUUGUUCCUUCGUCGGUCGACGGGAUGAAGGGGGAGCAUCAUGCAUGGGAAUCGACGCAGGCGACCACAUGCCCGAUCUGUCUCUCGCCACCCACCGCGCCUCGUAUGACGCGAUGUGGACACGUAUUUUGCUACGCAUGCAUUUUACACUACCUGAUUGUGUCUGAGAAUGGAUCAGGUGGGCGUGGCGCGAUGCGGCACGCGAAGCGGUGCCCGAUUUGCUGGGACGACGUCCUGGCAAAGGACCUGAAAGCCGUGCAUUGGAUUGACGCCAGGCACACGGGCGAGUCGCAUAUGGCUGCCUUUCUUGCCGCACGGCAGGCAGAGGGCGCUCGUACGAUGAACGACUCCGACAAGGCGAGUGUCCUGACCUUACGACUGAUGGAGCGACCUCACGACGCUGUGGUCGCAUUGCCGCGCUCUGCGCAUUGGCCAGCACCGAUUGGCCGUGGCUUGCUAUGCACGCAGCCCGAUGCCUCGACGUAUGCCCGCUUUGUGCUAGCUACGCCGUCGUUUGUUGUGGCAUCCUUGCAAGCGGAUCUUGCUUGUGUACAAGCGGCUAUGAGUGCCUCGCACGAUACGGAUGAACUGAGCCGCGAAUUCUUGCGUGUGGCGCAAGAAGAGCUGCUUGCACAAUUGGAUGUGGCACGGGCCAUGCCGAUGCCGCCUACAUCGCCAUCGUCGCAGGCGCCAAGUCCUGGCUCGUACUUGUACUACCAGGCCGCGUCGGGCCAGCCCAUGUUUUUGCAUCCUAUCGACAUCAAAGUGCUGCAUGCGCACUUUGGUGCGUACACGUCGUUCCCGGAUACCCUGCUUGUCGUCGCACAGCAUGCGGAAGAAGGCACCGUCGACGAGGCGCUGCGCAAAAAGUGCAAGUACCUUGCCCACUUGCCGAUGUCCUCCGACGUCACGUUCGUUGAAGUGGACUGGCCGCGUACGACUUCGUUGUUGUCCGGCAUUCAGGACGAAGUGACAUGGACACCAUGGGGCGAUAUGCUGAAGAAGCGCUGGCAGCAGCGAAAGGACAAGGCGCAGCGGGAGGAAAAGGCCCGAAAACGUGCGGAAAAAGAGGCAAAGGCAUCGACAUCAGCUUCGACGCAGGCAACGCGUACCACAGAGGACAACGUACUGGAUGACACGCAUAUGUCAUUCCGCGAGGCAGCGAUGAUCGGGGCAGAGAUGUACUUCCCGAUCCAUCCUGGCAUCGGCGUCGAUGAAGCUGAGGCAUUCCCACGCAUACCUGCGCCGCCGCCAGCGCCUAGCGGGCCUGCCGCGGCCCAGCCAAAGACGGUAUGGGGCACACCUGCCGCGGCUUCUGUGCAUGCGUCGACGUCGCAAGACGUACACCACAUGGACGAGGCGUGGAAUGCCCUUGAGGCACAGACGCAAAGUACAGACGAAGCGGAUCGUGCUCAGCAGCGUACAUCCUCGCGGGCCAAGCGCAAACCGAAGCUGAUCCUCACAGGUGGUGGCCGUGGUGCCUUGUGA